UGACACCAGACGGAAAGUUUCAAGAAAGGGAUUUGAUGUGAUCGAGGAGGCUGCGGAGUGGAGAUUGACGGACCGGGAUGCAGGGUUGAAGAAGAAUGCUGAGAGCGUAGAGAUUAGAGUUGAGACGGAGUUCCGGGUUAGGGAUGGGAGUGUUUAGAACUUUAGGGUGGUCAUUUCAAGACUGCAGUGGCAUCAGGAACCUAGGACUAGAGGGAGCUACGGUUGGGAUUUUGGUGUUAUCAAGUUUCUUCAAGCUGGCAAUGGCAGACUUUUGCUUGCAAGUAUACUUUUCAUUCUCAACACUCCAAGGGUUCGGGAAUAGUAUUGAAUUAACAUCAUGUGGAGCCCUAAGCGAAAAGGAAAAGGGUGCCAAUAUGGAGCUCCUUUUCCAAGUCUUUAUCACAUUUUGCCUGUUAAUCUUUGGAAUAUUUUAUUGACGAUGUAGAGCCAUUGUUAUCUUCCAUAGCUGAAAGCUGCCCGGGACAGUCUUGAUCUUCAAUCACACCUCUCCGCGGAGUACGACGUGCCACAUCUCUCUACCACCGACGCUUGGGUAUGAUAUCACUCCA